CGUUCACAACGUUCUUCCCGACCGGAGCUACAGGAGUUGACGACCUAUUUACCUAUACGAUCCGUGCCGCCACGCCGGCCAAUCGUGCUCGAGGAAACCGUUACGGGUUUCCGUUGUAUGCGUGUUUGAACGAUCUAGUGCACAUUUGUCAUCUGCGUGCCGUGAACCACUCCCGUUCGGUGUUAUCCGUGUUUUCGUGAUUCUCGUUAAAGCAAACGAAGCAACAUGGCUGUUAAUGUGUACGCCACAAAUAUGACAUCCGACAAUCUCAGCCGUCAUGACAUGCUCGCAUGGGUAAACGACUGUCUGCAAUCUUCGUUCACCAAGAUUGAAGAGCUCUGCACUGGAGCAGUCUAUUGUCAAUUCAUGGAUAUGCUUUUCCCAGGCAGUGUUCCUUUGAAAAGGGUCAAGUUCAAAACUAAUCUGGAGCAUGAAUAUAUACAGAAUUUCAAAAUUCUUCAAGGUGGCUUCAAAAAGAUGAAUGUGGAUAAGGUAAUACCAGUGGACAAGCUGAUAAAAGGGCGCUUUCAAGAUAAUUUUGAGUUUCUACAAUGGUUUAAAAAAUUUUUCGACGCAAAUUAUGAUGGCCGUGAAUAUGACGCUUAUGAAGCGCGCGGCUGCAUACCACUAGGUUCUGGUGUGGAUGGAACUCACACUUUGUCAAAUCCUCAGUUGGUACCUUUGCCACCACAAUCGAAACAACCGCAAAUUCAACAAAGACACAUACAGCAACGUAACAGCGUCCCGCGACAGCAACAGGUAAAUAAAGUUCAGCCGGCAUACCGUGCGCAACCUAAAAACACAGUCGGCAACCGUGGCGAUAAUGGAAAAAUUGAAGAGCUCAGUGCACAGUUGGUUGAAUUGAAAAUGUCAGUCGAAGGUCUGGAAAAAGAGAGAGAUUUCUAUUUUGGAAAAUUACGUGACAUAGAAGUCAUGUGCCAAGAUUGUGACAACAGUGGCGAUCCUCCACCUAUUGUACAGAAAAUUUUAGAAGUUCUUUAUGCAACAGAGGAUGGUUUCGCACCACCUGAAGAAUUAGAAGGCGACGGUCUUGCGCCCGAUGAUGAGGAGGAAUAUUAACCUUUUUUAUUUACGAAUAUAAUCGAAAUGAACAACAGCAAAUUAUCCAAGUGCGUUUCAGUUUACCAUGCCUGUGAGCCAGUAUCCCUUGCAUAAUUAUUAUAUAAGCUAUUUUACAUGAGCAAAUUCAACAGUUUUAGCGCAGAUUUGUGCAUAUGUUUUGUUAAUAAAGUUCAUUAAAAACAUUAAGAUUCGCACUACAUUAGAAUAACUUAAGUUGAGUAGUGCACUUGAAUAACUUGUUCUUUAUUGGCCAUUGCCAAAAGAGGGAGAGAGAGGAGAUAGAAUUAGAGGAAAAAAAAUCAACUAGUAAUCUAUCACAAAUUAAUACAAUUCCUCAUAGUGUUAAAAUGGUAGAGUUCUGAAGAUCAAUGACUCUCGAAUUACCGCAUAAAUUUAUGGAUACCGAUACCUAUUAAUGUUAUCUACAUCCGUACUGUUACUGUUAGCGAUUUACGUUAACUAUACAUUUUUUUAAUGCGUGAGUGUUUUGUUUGUAAUUGUAUUAAGUUUGUAUCGAUAAUGAGUCACGAAGCUCCUGUCAACAGUUUUGUCUUUUGAAAUCUAUUUAUCUAGUUAUCUAAAACAUUAAUCCUACUGAAAAACGGCAAAAGCUGGUCUACGUUUUCUAUGUACUAUGUGCCCGAUACAUUCAGUGAUUUCGCGUGAAGCAAUAGAUUUUCAUUAUUGACGAGAUAAUCUGGGUACAUCAUGUUAGUAAUUAAUGUUCCAUAUUCUGCUUUAAUAUUCUAUCUGCGUCUUGUUAAUGUAGGAACUAUCGCAUAACACAUUCGUAGAAACACAGAAACAUCAUGUGCAUAAUUCAGAUAUCUUGAUUUCAAUAAAUUAGAUAAUGUGUACUUCGUGAAGGCAAAUUGUGAGACAAAAUGAUACGUUUAUGCACUCGACUGCUGAAUUAUGAAGAUGUAUAAGACUAAAGUUAAAACUCGUAUUAAAAAAAUUUGUCUAUUAACGUUUAUCUCAUACAAAUCGAUUUUAAGAAAGAAACAAUUAUGUUUUGCAUCUCCAUGACAGUCUCUCGAGAUAUAAGAAUGGCCUUAAAGCGCGUUGAAUUUAAGAUUCCGAUAAAAUACUCAGAAUCGCACGAACAAACGCGAGGUAUUUCUUCAAUUAUAUCGUAAAAGCAUCAUCGAGCGUGAUGUUGCUAUAUCUCAAUUUCAUAAGAUAACAAGAAUUUGUAAAAAUCAUAUGUUUCGAGAGCGAACGAGUGAGAGGGACAACGAGCGAAAGGAUUACUUCAUGUAGACGUUUUGCGGACGCUUACGUGUUUUUGGCAUGUCUGUGUGCUUUCAAUAUUAUUGAUUCUGAUUGUCAAAAUCAACUGAUUAGGUGCGUCAUAAUUGAAUUAAUUUAAAUGAAAAGCGUCGAUCAUCGUCAAAUAAUUGUCUAGGAUGUAAUUUGCACUACGUGCUACAUCUUUACUAAGUUCCAGCGAGAAAGAGGAAUACAGUUUGGCUUGCGCUCUGUUCAUUGCUCUGUACGCGCGCAUAUGUGCUUCAAAAUUUGAAAUUUUAAUGCCGAUAUAAUAAACGUUUAAAUAAACCAA